UAAUCAAUAUUUUAUUAGAUAUAAAAAAGAAAAAUAAAACAAUUACAUAAAUGGGCUCUAAUAUAAAUGGGCCCGAAUAAAUCCAUAAAUAGUAAAAAAGAGUUGGGCUGCAAUUUGAGAGCCCGAUUUCAGGCCCAUAUAAAAGCCCUAAAUAUGGAAACAUAUUUCCACAGUUGUCAUCGUUUUGCAUCUCUCUCGGUGAUUUUUGUGCACUCGAAUUCGAAUUCACAGGUGCGGCGGCGGCGGCGGCGGCGUAUUUACGGCGGGUAUAUAUUUUGCCAUUGAUUAGUUGGGGUUUCAGUGCCGUUGCGGUAGACCUAAAAUCGUAAAUUAAUUUUGGGGGUUUGGGGGGGAGAAUGGAGCUGAAGAAUCCGAGAUGGGGUUAUUUUAGGAUAAUUUCGGGUACUGUACUUGGUGGCGUUCUCGGCUUCUAUUUGAUGCACCGAGCUGAACUCAAGUACAAGGAGAUGUGGAAGCAGAAAUUGAUCAAGUACGAGGAAGAAAUGAAUAAGAGGAAGAAUCUAGAAGGAUCCGACGAUCUUCAGGAGUCGCUCUGAUUUUGCCAUCUUUUUCCCUAUCCCUGUAUGUAAUUUUCGAUUUUUUUCUUCUUAAUUUGUGUUUGCUUCUUCUUCAAUUUGUUGCUUUCUCUGCUGUAGCCAUAGAUUUGAUCGAUUUCGAUUUUGGUCCGGAUUUAUGAAUGGAGACCCAAAUUUUCUUCCCUAAUUUUGGUUGCAAUUUCAUAUCUUUUCAGU